AUGCCCGUCAACAGGCAUCAAAAGGUCGGUAUCUUUCCUGCAGCGGGAGGGAUCGGGGGAGGCACCGUGAAGCACAUUCUCAAACGGCUUUCCCCGGAGGAUCUCAUUCUCAUAGCUCGCCAUCCUGAGAAGCUUGCGGCCGCCAAAGACCUCGGAGCAGAGGUCCGCCAGGCAGACUUUGACGAUGACACCGCGAUUCAGACAUCCUUCCGCGGCAUCGAUAUCCUGUUCCUGAUUUCGUAUGCUUCCGUGGAGCACGAGUACAGAACCGAGCGGCAUAAGGUUGCCGUCGACGCGGCGAUCGAGAAUGGAGUCAAAUACAUAUUCUACGGAUCUCUUGGCUUUGCCGGAUCGAGCGACAAUAAGACCAGCGUAGCCCACGUCAUGCAACCGCACCUCGAUACCGAAAAGUACCUGGAAGAUUGUCGAAAGGCGCACCCCGGAUUCGACUACACGAUCAUCCGCGAAGGACUGUAUACGGAAUCGUACCCCCUUUACACAGCCUUCUUCGACCCCACGAAUCCGAGUCGCGAGAUCAAGAUACCUCACGACGGCUCGGGCCCCGGAGUCGCCUGGGUAAAGCGAGAGGAACUCGGCGAGGGCACCGCAGAGCUCAUCUCUCGAUUCGUGAGAAAGCCAGAGGAGUUCCCUUAUCGCGGAAAGACUGUGCGUCUCACGGGGAACAAGACUCUGAGCUUGUCGGAAACGGUCAAGAUCCUCGGCGAGAUCGCCAACGCGCCGGUCCGGAUCACGGAGGUGUCGGUCGACGAGUUUGCGACUCUGUCCCGCGUCCCGCCGGGCUUUACGUAUCGUGGGUUCGACUUCAAGGUAUGGGCGACGGCGUUUGAAGCGUUUCGCAGGGGCGAGGCGGCGGACGCGUCUCCGUUGCUGAAGGAGCUGUUGGGGAGAGAGCCGGAGGAUUUCAAAACGACUGUUCAGAACUCGAUUUGA